UUCCGGGUCGGGAGGUCACCGUCAGCCUCUCUCUAUUGCUCCUGCCAAGAUGGCGGCCGGCUCGGGGAGCGGAAGUGGGUCUGUGGCGGCAGGGUCGGCUUCGGUGGCUUCUCUGUGGAGCGAAGUCAGUCGCAGCGGGCAGAACGGGGACUUCGGCCGCGCCCUCAAGUCCGUCAAUAAGAUAUUACAAAUCAGCAAGGAUGAUGUGACUGCUCUCCACUGCAAAGUGGUGUGUCUUAUUCAGAAUGGAAAUUUUAAGGAAGCCCUCAGCGUGAUUCACACCCACACCAAAGUACUAACCAGUGAUUUGAUAGCCUUUGAGAAGGCUUAUUGUGAAUACAGGUUGAACAGAAUUGAAAAUGCCCUGAAGACAAUUGAAGGAGUCAGCCAGCAAACAAAUAAACUAAAAGAGCUCUAUGGACAAGUGCUGUAUAGAUUAGAGCGUUAUGAUGACUGCCUAGCUGUAUACCGGGAUCUUAUCCGCAACUCCCAGGAUGACUAUGAAGAAGAACGGAAGACAAAUCUUUCUGCAGUUGUUGCUGCACAGAGCACCUGGGAAAAAGUGGUGCCAGAAGAUCUAGGACUUCAGGAAGCCACUUAUGAGCUGUGUUACAAUGCUGCUUGUGCUUUGAUAGGACAAGGCAAACUCAAUGAAGCAAUGAAAAGCCUUCAGAAAGCAGAAGAUUUAUGUCGUCAGUCUCUCGCAGAAGACUCGGAUGUGACUGAAGAAGACAUUGACGCAGAACUGGCCAUUAUUCAUGGCCAGAUGGCUUACAUUUUUCAGCUUCAAGGUCACACAGAGGAAGCUCUGCAGUUAUACAAUCAGAUAAUCAAACUGAAGCCAACAGACGUGGGCUUGCUUGCUGUCAUUGCCAAUAACAUCAUUACUAUUAAUAAGGACCAAAAUGUUUUUGAUUCAAAGAAAAAGGUGAAGCUGACCAAUGCAGAAGGUGUUGAGCAUAAACUGUCCAAGAAACAGCUCCAAGCAAUAGAAUUUAAUAAAGCUUUGCUGGCUAUGUACACUAACCAGGCAGAUCAGUGCCGCAAACUGUCAUCAAGUUUACAGUCACAAAGCCCUGAACACCUCCUCCCUGUGCUAAUCCAGGCAGCUCAGUUGUGUCGAGAGAAACAGCAUACCAAAGCAAUAGAGUUGUUACAGGAGUUCGCUGUCAACCCUGAGAAGGCAGCCGAGAUUAAACUGACCAUGGCACAGCUGAAAGUUGCUAAAGAGAAAGGAUUAGGCAAGCGUCACCACAAAGCAUGCAUGACUCUUGACGGACUAUACGAACGAGCUACGGCACUAAGCCCAGGAACAUGGCCCUCUCAGAGGCCAAGGGAACCAGACCGGCGGGACCACCGUGAUGGAGGCCCUCCCACACCACGCACGCUCUUCGAACGGCCCCUGAACGCCAGUGCCCGCUUGCCGCUGACCGAAAGCCACUCUUGGAGGAACACCAGUGAAAGGUUGUCUGUGAAAUUCUACGUGCGAUCUCUGGGAUGUCGCGCGACGAUUUUUGCCGCCAUUUUUUCACCCAAAAUGGCUGGUUCCACAGAGCGGCGAAAAAGCCGCAACUGUCGGCGUUGCGGCAGGAGCAGCCAGGGGCCAGCUGAUGGAAAGCCUCUGUUUGGGCUGCAUCCGGCCUGCGCGCCGCAAAAUCCAGAUGAUGUCCAUACCUUGGCCCAGCUCAUUUCUGCCUACUCCCUGGUUGAUGCUGAGAAAGCUAAAGUUCUUAGCAAACACCUGCCCCCCUCAGAUGCAAUGUCUUUGAAAGUAGAUGUCGAUGCACUUGAAAACUCUCAUGGGGCUACAUACAUUCGGAAGAAAGGAGUGAAACCUGUGACUGAGAACCAGCAAAAAGAACAAGGCCAAGGGGAUGUCAAGAAGAAAAAGAAGAAAAAGAAGGGAAAACUGCCAAAGAACUAUGACCCUAAUGUGACCCCUGACCCUGAGCGCUGGCUUCCAAUGAGGGAACGCUCCUACUACCGUGGUAGGAAGAAGGGCAAGAAGAAGGACCAGAUUGGGAAAGGAACCCAGGGUGCAAUGACAGCAGCAUCCUCUGAAUUGGAUGCCAGCAAAACGGCAAGCAGCCCACCUACUUCCCCAAGACCUGGCACUGUUACAGCAGUCCCAUCUGCUUCAACAACCAACAUGAUACCACCAAGGCAUCAAAAACCUGUUGGUGCCGCAGCAACCAAGAAGAAACAGCAGCAGAAAAAAAAGAAAAGUGGGAAAGGAGGCUGGUAAUCACAACAAGCAGGCUGUUCAGUUUGCAGUUAUCUUUUCUUUUUCUGCCAGUUGUGAAUGCUAAGGGCCUAAUAAAAGUUGAAGAAAAACAA